AUGUCGCGCGAUCUGCAGCCUUUACUGAAGAACACUUUGCUGGCGCUCGGACUGUGCGGACUGAAUCCUUUGAAAACAAACCUUUUCACUCCGAUCCAAAAGGCCGUAACGCUGCUUUCGAUUGCAGCAAUCUUCGUAAUUGGCUUUCUCGAGAUUCCGCUCAACUGGAAAGGAAUCGAGACGCUGAGCAACAUCGAGCUAACUCCAACAAUGUUCAUGGUGACUAGCAAAUGUUUGUUUUUGAUAUUAAACCAAUCUAAGAUCGAAUCGACUGUAAUUAGUUUGGAGGAGUUUUGGUCUUUGGAUAAGUUUGGAGAUGAGUUUAAGGCUAAAGUGAGCCGGUAUCAUGAGGUUGGGUAUACAGUGUUGAAAACGUACUUUAUGUUUUGUGUAUUAUGCACUUUGGCGCUUUGCGUAGCGCCUUUUGUGACUGGUAAUAAUAAAUUGAUUUUUCCUGGAUACGAUUUUUGCAAGAACUCUUGCUUCGAAGAGCAGCAAGUUUGGCAAUCUUUAGCUUUAACGUUCCAAAUGAUCCCAGUCGCCAUAGGUUUUGAUUGUUUAUUUGCAAGCUUCAUCGCCUAUGGAUUUGUUGGUAUAGAGAUGGUCAAAAAGGCAUUCCAAGAUCUUCUCCUCGUCUCAACGAAUAACGAUGAUCACGACUUGCUCAGAGCUAAUCUGAAGGCAUUAGUAGACCAACACAAUUUCGCCUUAAAGUGA